GGCAGACGCUGCCGGAGCGGGAUGACGGCGGAGUGGCAGACGGUCGGGCCCGACGGGGAGGCGGCUUCCGGAGGGAGCCCCGCACCGAACUGCAGUGUUCUCAUCAACCAGCUGAGAGAGAUCACGGGCAUCCAAGAUCCUUUGUUCCUCCAUGAGGCCUUAAAGGCUGCCAAUGGAAACCUUGUGCAGGCGGUCACCUUCCUCUCUGAGGCUCACGCCAAAGAGUCCAGCCAAGAGGGCACGGCCACAGAGGUAUCCAAUGGCGGAAGAAGUGCGCUUGUUUUGGAGCAGGGAGCAGUUGGUGUAACACAAGAUGAUGGAGCUUCUCUUCAGGAAGGCAUUCCUUCUGACAUCCAGGAUUUUCAAGGCACCCAGGUCACAGAGCAGGAUCCAAACGCAGCUGUGAAUGAGUCCUGUGCAUCUGACGUGGCCGAAAGCACAAAUCGCUCAAAGAGGAAACGCUGUGAAGUUUGGGGAGAGCAAACCACCCUGAGCGACUGGCGGAGGACUGGAGAUUGGCCGGUGGGGCUGAAAAACAUUGGAAACACUUGCUGGUUCAGUGCGGUCAUACAGUCUCUUUUCCAGCUUCCCGAAUUCCGUCGGCUGGUGCUCAGCUACACUCCGGACUCUGGAAGUGACAACUGCUGCAGCCGAAGCAAAAAGAGGAAUAUCGCCUUCAUGCUGGAACUCCAGUGCCUUUUUGCUUUAAUGCUGGGAACGCGCCGCAAGUUUGUGGAUCCCACGGCAGCCCUUGAUCUUCUCAGAGGUGCUUUCAGGUCUCCUGAGGAACAGCAGCAAGACGUGAGCGAGUUUACCCACAAACUUCUAGAUUGGCUGGAGGACGCUUUCCAGCUGGCUGCAAAUGUUAACUCCCAGGAUAAAUCUGAGAACCCCAUGGUUCAGCUCUUUUAUGGAACUUUCCUGUCUGAAGGUAUUCAUGAAGGCAAGGCCUUCUCCAAGAUUGAGACCUUUGGCCAGUAUCCCUUGCAGGUGAAUGGCUAUAAGGACUUGCAGGAAUGUCUGGAAGGAGCCAUGCUGGAGAAAGAGGCCGAAGCGUCUUCAAGCAACCAGUCGGUGCAAUACAGGCAAGAGCGCUGGUUCACCAAGCUGCCUCCCGUCCUGACUUUUGAACUUUCCCGGUUUGAGUUCAACCAGUCGCUUGGGCAGCCAGAGAAGAUACACAACAAGCUGGAAUUCCCACAGGUCAUUUAUAUGGACAGGUUCCUGUACAGUAACAAGGGGCUGAUUCAAGCUAAGAGAGAGGAGAUCAAGAAACUGAAAGAGCAGAUCACAGUUCUGCAGCAGAAAUUGGAACAAUAUAUGAGAUAUGGUUCUGGUGCCGGGCGCUUCCCCUUGCUAGACAUGCUGCAGUACGUUCUUGAGUUUGCCAGUUCCCGGCCAUUGACAGCCAAUACUGAAGCCUCAACAGAGUCCCAAAUUUCAAAGCCUCCUUUCAUCCAAAGCAGGGUGGCAGUAGCAACAAAUGAGGAAAGUGAGGAUGCCUCUGCUUCCCAAGCCGCAGUUCCUCCGGAGGAGCCCAAUGGGCCCUUGAGGUCAUCCACACCGCCUGUGGAGAUGCCCGAGUCCCCGGCUCCCCAUGGGAUUACAGAGGAGGAAGUCCACCUGGUGAUGACCUGCCUGCAGCGGUGGAGAAGAGAGGUCGAGCAAGACAUCAACGACCUGAAGAACACGAUUGCGCUGCUGACUGCCUCCGUUGACCAGAUGUACUGCGACCCUCGGCUGCAGCAGGUCCCGUACCACUUGCACGCGGUCUUGGUCCACGAAGGGCAGGCCAACGCGGGCCACUACUGGGCCUACAUCUACCACCAGCCCCGGAAGUGCUGGCUCAAGUACAACGAUGUCUCCGUGACGGAGUCCUCCUGGGAAGAGCUGGAGAGGGACUCCUUCGGGGGCCAGAGGAACACCAGCGCCUACUGCCUCAUGUACAUCAACAAGAAGCUGCCGCACUUCGCUGCCGACUCUGAGGAUGGGCAGGCCCAGGGGGAAGUGGAGGCCCUGCCCUUAGCGCUGCAGCAGCACAUCCAGGCAGACAACUGGCAGCUGGAGCAGGAGGUGGCCGAGUGGGAGGAGCAGGCCUCCAAAAUGGCCCAGAUCGACCAGUCAUCAUCGUCAGUGGAGUCUCAGUACCUGUCUUCUGACUCAGCACAAGUUAGAUUUCUUUCUCCAGAAGACUCCAGUUCCCCUGACAGCAGGGCGCGCUCGCUCUCCUCUCAGCAUGCCACCAUUGCCAAGGCGCAGACAGCUCUAGCCAUUGACAAGGCGGCUGAUGCCUUCAACAAGGGUGGCGUAGAGGCAGCAUACAACCAGUCCACGGAGGCAGAGCCAGCCAAAGCGGUCCCAGAAGAAGCUAGCCUUCCUGUUCAGGCAGAGGAAGAGCAGGAGGUGUCUGAGGGGGAGCCUCCUACUCCUCCCAGCUCCCAGCUCUCUGAAGUGGAGAUCCCCAGUGUGGGGAAGAUCCUGGUCAGGUCGGAUGCAGACGGCUAUAACGAGGAGGUGAUGCUUAGUCCUGCCAUGCAAGGUGUGAUCCUGGCGAUUGCUAAGGCCCGCCAGACCUUUGAUCGGGAUGGGUCUGAAGCGGGGCUGGUUAAGGCGUUCCGCGAGGAAUACACCCGGCUGUACGCACUCUCUACCGAGGAGCCAACGCCGCAGAACGACCCCCGGCUUCAGCACGUCCUGAUCUACCUCCUGCAGAACAAGGCCCCCCAACAAGUGGUGGAGAGGACCCUCCUGGAGCAGUUUGCCGACAAGAACCUCAGUUACGAUGAAAGGUCCAUCAGCAUCAUGCAAGUGGCGAGGUCCAAGUUGAAAGAGAUUGGCCCCAAUGAGAUGGACAUGGAAGAGUACAAGAAAUGGCACGAAGACUACAGUUUGUUUCGCAAGGUGUCUCUUUACCUCUUAACCGGCUUGGAGUUCUACCAGAACAAACAGUACUGUGAGGCUCUGACCUACCUGAUCCACGCCUACGAGAACAACCUGACCCUGCAGAAGAAGGGGCCCAACCGGGGCGCUGAUGGGUCGCUCAUUGCUCUCUAUAGAAGGAAAUGCCUCUUGAAGCUGAACGAUAUGGCGGCGGCUCUGCUGGACACCAGCGCAGACCUGGACGUGGGCGAAGGCCUGGGUCUCCUAGGCGAGGUCAUCAUCCCCUGCGUCCACGUCAUCGCCAAGCGCAACCUCUCCCAGGAUGACCUUGAAGCCAUAGAGCUCAUGCGAGGUGGCUGGUGCGAUUACAUGGCCAAAGAAAUGGACGAAGACCUGCAGCUGAAGCUGAACGAACUCCUCUCCCGCCUCUUUGACUGUUCCUCGGAGGGCCCGAUCCUGAAGGAGCCCCCCAAGAUCCGCCCCAACUCGCCCUACGACCUCUGCAGCCGCUUUGCCGCGGUUAUGGAGUCCAUCCACGGGGCCGCGCCGGUGACCGUCAAAUAAAAG